ACGUGAGCCACAGUGAUUAAACAGACAUACGAAGAGUUGAUUAGGUCAGAUCCAGGCCCAUGCUAAGAGUAUAUUAGGACGUUUGUGUUUAGGCAUAUACGUAACAUAGAGAAUUAGUAAGAUGGCAUCUCGGACAUUUAUUUUCAUGCUAUUUCUUUUCCUCGUGUUUUCGCUUCAUAUGGACGAAGCUCUUGCUGCUCAAACUGAAAUCCGCAAACUCAAAGAGACGAUCAAUAUGAGGAGAAAUUUGGAAGGCAAUGAACACAGAAGUUCCAAAAUGAAUGUCGGACCGAGCACAACGAAACGUUGCCAGGGACGGAAAAGUUUGAAAAACAUGGCGACCACUUAUCGUCCUAAUCAUGGCCAGUUCAAUCCUCUUACAGUUCAAGGAGGAUACUCGUCCUCCGUCUGUAAAAGCUGCCCCUCGUUCUCUGCCUUAUGUUAUACUGCUCGUUGCGUCAUCACCAAACGCUGCCAAGGGUUCCGAGGGUCACCAAUGGAGUGCACCACCACCGAAGAGUGUACACGUAUAUCUGGCCCUUAAUUGGAAUACAACUAAAAAUGCAUCUGUAUAUAUCGUGAUUGCUGUGGUUUUUCUAUUGUUCUUCGUAAUUUCAUAUGCAUAGCAUGUGUAUGUUGCCAUAUAUCAUUUCUGUAGAUGUUUAUAGAUAUAUCAGAUGCAAAAUUAUUUUAGUACAUGUAUAUUAUGUAUAUAUGAUAUACUAUUUGCUGAACAUCUGUAUAUCUUAGCUUUAUCA